AUGCAGCGCCUCGCUCUCCUCCUGGUGGUCCUCUUGGGCUCCGCCCUGGCUGCGCCGCCGUCGACCAGGUUGAGCAGCCGCGGUAGGAACCGCAUCAUUGGAGGCUCCGACGCCGACAUUGCCGACUACCCGUGGCAGCUGUCCUUUGAGUACAGCGGUUCACACAUCUGCGGAGCGUCCAUCAUCAGCUUCAGCUGGGCGCUGACGGCCGCUCAUUGCGCUGACGGCUUGCGACUCCCUCUGGUGUAUUUCCGGGCCGGGUCUUCAAUUCGUGAAAGUGGUGGUGCCGUCCACAAGGCCUCCUCCGGUUACAUGCACGGAUCGUACGACAGCGAUACGCUAGACUACGAUGUCGCCGUCAUCAUGGUCAUUGGAUCCCUCCUCGACUCAAACGCUCAGGCCGUCAGCCUGCCCUCUGACGGCUACGACCCGCCAGGUGGUCUCGCGGUGACGGUGACCGGCUGGGGAACCACGUACACGGACGGGCCAGCAGCCAGCACCCUGCAGAAGGUCGACAUCAGCAUCGUGGACCGCAGCACCUGCAGGAGCAUCUUCGCCAACAACACUGUGACCGACCGCAUGGUGUGCGCCGGCGAGGCAGGCAGGAGCGUCUGCAACGGAGACUCCGGCGGUCCCCUGGUCAGCGGAAGCACCCAGGUGGGCAUCGUCUCCUGGGGGAAUGCAGAGUGCGAGGCCGCCCCUGGGGUCUACGCCAGUGUCGGCAGCCUGCGCUCAUGGAUCCGAACUGCAACUGCUGUCUGAACCUCCUGGGUCUCAGGUCUUCUACACGUAGCACAAUGGCAAUGGAUAACUUCGCUGUUGAGCACUCUUGAACUCCAGACAGUGA